AUGUCUGUUAACCUAAUACUCGAGUUUGAAUUAUGGCCAGGACAAGAGUUUGUCCUUGAAAUUGAAGAGAUUUUAUGCCAGAAAAGAUCGAAGUAUCAAGAUAUAUUGAUCUUCAAAAGUAAAACGUACGGCAAUGUACUGGUAUUGGAUAAUUGUAUUCAGUGUACUGAAAGAGAUGAGUUUGCCUAUCAAGAAAUGGCUGCUUUUCUUCCGCUACUUGCACACCCGGAACCGAAGCGGGUUCUAAUUAUCGGUGGAGGAGAUGGUGGUGUUAUUCGUGAAGUUGUUAAGCAUCCGCAAGUCGAAGAAGUGAUUCUAUGCGAAAUCGAUCAAGAUGUUAUUGAUCUAAGCAAAAAAUAUCUCCCUGAGAUGGCGAAAGGUUUUGCAAGUCCAAAAGUGACAGUUAUUAUUAGUGAUGGUUGCGAAUAUCUCAAGCAACAUGCAAAUGAAUUCGAUGUUAUUAUUACGGACUCAUCGGAUCCUGAUGGUCCAGCUGAAGGAUUAUUCGAAAAAUCCUUCUAUUCACUGAUGAAAUCAGCUCUUAAACAACCAUCCGGUGUUAUCUGUUGCCAAGGAGAAUGUAUUUGGCUAGAUUUACCAUUGAUCAGGAAACUGAUGACAAUUGGUCGUCAAUUAUUUCCAUCGGUUGCUUACGCCAAUGUCUUCACACCGACAUAUCCAUGCGGAGCACUUGGUUUCAUUGUUUGUAGCCUCAAUAAAGAUGCUAAAUUAAACGAACCCGUCAAUAUCGAUAUAGCUGAUCAACUCGAUGCGAAAUAUUACACAGCCGAUAUUCAUCGUGCAUGUUUCGCGUUACCGGCUUUUGUUCGCAAAGAAAUUGAUGCAAAGAACACUUGA